AUGGCGUGGUAUGGACUGAGCCUAGACGACGCCGCAGAGGGUCUUUUGAGUCUACUGUCCCCGGAUCCAACUACACCAGAGUCAGACAAAGCCCCGUACAAGUACAGCUACAAGACCGCCAGACCGAGUGAAGAGAAACAAGUAAAAUGUAAUUUCAUCCCGGGCAAACAGCCGAAGCCCGGAUUCUCAUAA